CCUGUUUUCAUUUCUUUGUGUAUUUUGUUUCGCGUCAUCAUCUUCUCUUUGUGUCAUGGCUGCACAGGAUGUUGAACUGAAAUCUGUGGAUGGAUCAAUGAAACAAGAGUGACACGGUGCCCUCUGUUAACCAAGUAGGGUUCCUGUAUUACUGUCAUUACAGGAUUUUAUGGUUAUUUAAUGUGGCCAAAUGAUCACCUAAUUUAAUAUGAUUUAUUUUUAUGAAUGCCUAGCCGAAUCAGUCAAAUAUCAGCCCAACAGUAACCAACAGGCUUAUAUAUUGUAUUUGUUAUAAUUCCUCUUAAUAAUUCAUUAUCAAAGAACAAGUGCACUCUAUUUGGGUCAAACACUGGUGCUGUUUCAAUGGAGUGUAUUACAUGUAGAUUCUAUAAUCAUGUUGAACAUCAUUGGUUUGUCUUUCACUGGUCCGUCCACAAUGAUUUCAGUGUAGAUUCAGGUGUGCUAUCAUUAAUAAAAUGUCGUAUUAAUUGAUUUGUCUUACUCUUUUUCAUAUGUAUGUUCAUUCAUUCAUUUCACACAAGCAUGACCCCUAAACCCAUAUAGCUAAUACCACUGACAACUAACUAACAGCGACUGGUGCAUGGACUUACCCUCUUCUGACUGUGUAACAAAGGUGUGUGCUGCUGGCGGCAUAUCGUUUGAUCUUGGUCUGUCUUCUGUCGUCGGCCCUGAAUACAUAUGAGCGUGACCGGAUCACCAGUUUCCGGAAGACUGGGAAUAAGAAGGACAAGCCCCUGAUCCAGCACUCCACAGACCCCAUGUCCAUUCAGGUAGAGAUGCCCAUGCCCCAGCCUCUCUUCGACGACCGCUCCAUGAACCUCUCCGAGAAGGAGAUCAACGCCCUCUUUGAGAAGAUGAUGGAGGACAUGAACCUGAAUGAGGAGCGUAAAGCCCCCCUGCGUGGGAAGGACCUGAGCACCAAGCGAGAGAUGGUUGUCCAGUACAUCUCCACCACCGCCAAAUCUAUUACUGGGAGCAAAGUCACGGGAGGACUGAGGAACAGCAAGCAUGAGUGUACAUUGUCGUCACAGGAGUAUGUCCACGAGCUGCGUUCCGGCAUCACUGAGGACAAGCUGCUCAUCUGCCUGGAGUCCCUUCGCGUCUCUCUCACCAGUAACCCUGUCAGCUGGGUGAACAACUUUGGCCAUGAAGGACUGGGCCUCCUCUUGGAUGCAUUGGAUAAGUUGCUGGAUAAGAAACAGCAAGAAAGUAUUGACAAAAGAAACCAGCACAAGCUGAUCCAAUGUCUCAAGGCCUUCAUGAACAAUAAGUAUGGACUACAAAGGAUUCUGGAAGAUGAGCGGAGCUUGCUGCUCCUGGCCAGGGCCAUUGACCCCAAACAGACCAGUAUGAUGACUGAGAUCGUCAAGAUCCUCUCUGCUAUCUGUAUCAUUGGAGAGGAAAACAUCCUGGAUAAGAUUCUGGCUGCCAUGACAAUUGCAGCAGAGAGGAAUAACAAGGAGAGAUUUGCGCCGAUAGUGGAGGGACUGGAGAAUCACGAAGCCCAACAGCUCCAGGUGGCCUGCAUGCAGCUGAUCAACGCCCUGGUCACCUCUCCGGACGAUCUGGACUUCAGGAUACAUCUGCGCAAUGAGUUCCUCCGCUGUGGCCUCAAAAAGAUCCUACCGGAGAUGAAAGAGACAGAGGAGCUGGACAUCCAACUGAAGGUGUUCAACGAGAACAAGGAGGAGGACUCCAUUGAACUCUCCCAUCGCCUUGAUGACAUCCGUGCUGAGAUGGAUGAUAUGGGUGAGGUGUACCAUCUCCUGUCCAACAUGGUGAAAGACACUGGAUCGGAGACCUACUUCCUGUCCAUCCUACAGCACCUCCUUCUCAUCAGGAAUGACUACUACAUCAGGCCCCAGUACUACAAGGUGAUAGAGGAAUGUGUCUCACAGGUGGUCCUCCAUCGUAGUGGGAUGGACCCAGACUUCGGAUACAGGGAGAGAUUGGAUGUAGACUUCACCCACCUUAUCGAUCAGUGCGUGGAUAAAGCCAAAGUGGAUGAGAGCGAUCUGAAGGCUGCUGAGUUCUCCAAGAAGUUCGAUGAGGAGUUCAGCGCUCGGCAGGAUGCCCAGGCCGAGUCCCAGAAGAAGGAGGAGAAAAUCAAAGAGCUGGAAGGGCAGAUCUGCAACCUGAAGACCCAGAUCACGGCCGGACCAACGGCGGCUGGGACAGUAGUCCCACCUUCACCUCUGCCGGGGGGGUUGGCACCUCCACCCCCUCCCCCGCCUCCGCCCCCACCAGGCGGCUGCCCUCCCCCUCCUCCCCCACCUCCGCCGCCUCCUGGCAUGGCCAGCAUGCCCCCUCCACCCCCACCCCCGCCACCUCCAGGAGGAGGGCCACCCCCUCCCCCUGGAUGUGGACCCCCACCUCCUCCGCCCAUCCCCGGGGGGCCGGGCAUCCCUCCGCCUCCUAUGAUGGCCAUGCCUGUCAUCAAGCUGCCUUAUGGACUGGAGGCCAAGAAGACCUACAAGCCUGAGGCCGUCAUGAAGAGGGUCAACUGGUCCAAGGUAGUACCUCAGGAAAUGGCAGAGAAUUGCUUCUGGAUCAAAGUCAAAGAGGAGAAGUUUGAGAACCAAGACCUCUUUGCCCAGCUCUCCCUCAGCUUUUCCUCCAGGACCAAAGUGAAAAAGGAGGUGGAUGAGACAGAUGCCAGGAUGACCCAAUUCAAGAAAAAGGCGAAGGAGCUGCGAAUCUUGGACGGCAAGACGGCACAGAAUUUGUCAAUUUUCCUGGGCUCAUUCCGGCUGCCUUAUGAAGAGAUCCGGGACAUUGUGCUGGAGGUGGACGAGGAGAGGCUGAGCGAAUCACUGAUCCAGAACCUGAUAAAGAACCUACCGGAGCAGAAGGAGCUGAGCGCAUUGGCAGAACUUAAGAGCGAGUAUGAGGAACUGUGCGAGCCAGAGCAGUUUGGCAUUGUGAUGAGCUCUGUGAAGCUGCUGCGCUCGCGCCUCAACGGCAUCCUCUUCAAGCUGACCUUCGAGGAGCAGGUGAACAACAUCCGACCGGACAUCAUGAACGUGACGUUCGCCUGUGAGGAGCUGAAGAAGAGUGACAGCUUCAGCAAUCUGCUGGAGAUGGUGCUGCUGGUGGGCAACUACAUGAACGCCGGCUCCCGGAACGCCCAGACCUUCGGCUUCAACAUCAGCUUCCUCUGCAAGCUUCGAGACACUAAGUCGUCCGACCAAAACACAACUUUGCUUCACUUCCUGGCCGAAAAGUGUGAAGAGAGGUACCCGGAGAUCCUGAGGUUCCCUGAAGAGCUGGAACACGUGGAGAGUGCUAGCAAAGUUUCUGCCGAGAUCCUGAAAAGCAGUCUGAGCACCAUGGAGCGACACAUCCAGAGGCUAGAAAACGACAUUGAGAAUUUCCCCAAGACAGAUGACAAAAAAGAUAAGUUUGUGGAAAAAUUGUCCGGCUUCUCCAAGCAUUCGCGGGAGCAAUACGAGAAGCUUUCCACCAUGCACAAGAACAUGCAGAAGCUAUACGAGAGCCUGGGCAGCUACUACGCCUUCGACCCCCACGUCCUCAGCGUCGAAGACUUCUUCGGUGACCUGGCCUCCUUCCGCACCCUCUUUGUGGAGGCGGUGAAAGAGAACCACAAGAAGAGGGAGAUGGAGGAGAAGAUCAAGAGAGCCAGACUGGCCAAGGAGAAAGCAGAGCGCGAGAAGCAGGAGCGCCAGCAAAAGAAGAAGCAGCUGAUUGACAUGAACAAAGAAGGAGGAGAGAAUGAGACAGGUGUGAUGGACAGCUUAAUGGAAGCCCUGCAAUCCGGAGCAGCCUUCCGCGACCGCCGAAAACGAACCCCGCGCAACGGUGAUCAAAGUCCAUCCAGUCCUGCCUCUCGGUGGCCAGGUGCUAACCAUGACAACCGCCGUGCGGUCCUGGAAAGGUCUCGAUCACGCCACAACGCAAACCCCCAGGCUCGAUGAUGGCCCGCGCCUACCAGAAGACGUUAGACAAGUGCCAAAGAGGCCUGCGAGGAGAAUCUGAGGACGUAUAGUAGGAGAGAUGGACCCCAGCCUUGUGGCACACACACACAUAUACACACACUUAAACACUCACAGACACAUAAAAAAAAACACACCAACACAUGAACACACACAUACACUAUGUAUACGAAAGUAUGUGGACACCCCUUAAAAUCUGUGCAUUCGGCCAUUUCAGCCACACCAGUUGCUGACAGGUGUAUAUAAUCAAGCAUACAGUCAUGCAGUCUCCAUAGACAGACAUUGGCAGUAGAAUGGCCCAUUCUAAAGAGCUUAGUGACUUUCAACGUGGCACCGUCAUAGGAUGCCAACCUUUCCAACAAGUCAGUUAGUCAAAUUUCUGCCCUGCUAGAGCUGCCCUGGUCAACUGUAAGUGCUGUUAAUGUGACAUGGAAGUGUCUAGGAGCAACGGCGGCUCAGCCGUGAACUGGUAGGCCAGACAAGCUCACCGAACAGGACCGCUGAGUGCUGAUGUCGCAACACUCACUACCGACUUUCAAAUGGCCUCUGGAAGCAACGUCAGCACAAUAACUGUUCGUUGGCCGAGCAGCCGCACACAAGCCUAAUAUCACCAUGCGCAAUGCCAAGCUUCGGCUGGAGUGGUGUAAAGCUAGCCACCAUUGGACUCUGGGGCAGUGGAAUCACGCUUCAUCAUGUGGCAGUCCAAAGGAUGACUCUGGGUCUGGUAGAUGCCAGGAGAUUGCUCCCUGCCCUAAUGCAUAGUGCCAGCUGUAAAGUUUGGUGGAGGAGGAAUAAUGGUCUGAGUUGGUUUUUCAUAGUUCGGGCUAGGCCCCUUAGUUCCAGUGAAGGGAAUCUUAAAGCUACAGUGACAAUGAAAUUCUAGACUAUUAUGUGCUUCCAACUUUGUGGCAGUUUGGGGAAGGCCCUUUCCUGUUUCAGCAUUACAGUGUCCCCGUGAACAAAUCACGGUCUAUACAGAAAUGGUUUGUAGAGAUCGAUGUGGAAGAACUUGACUGGCCGGCACAGAGCCCUGACCUCAAUCUCAUCUACCACCUUUGGGAUGAAUGAAUUGGAACGCCGACUGUGAGCCAGGCCUAAUCGCCCGACCUCACUAAUGCUCUUGUGGCUGAAUGGAAGUAAGUCCCCACAGCAAUGUUCCAAAUUCUAGUGGAACGCCUUCCCAGAAGAGUGGAGGCUGUUAUAGCAGCAAAUGGGGGACCAAACUCCAUACUAAUGCCCAUGAUUUUGGAAUGAGAUGUUCGACGAGUAAGUGUCCACAUACUUUUGGUCAUAUAAUAUAUAUAUAUAUAUAUAUAUAUAUAUACACACACACACACACACACACACACAGUUGAAGUCGGAAGCUUACAUCCACUUUGGUUGGAGUCAUUAAAACUCGUUUUUCAACCACUCCACAAAUGUCUUGUUUACAAAUGAUAGUUUUGGCAAGUCGGUUAGGACAUCUACUGUUUGCAUGACGCAAGUAAUUUUUCCAACAAUUGUUUACAGACAUAUUAUUUUACUUAGAAUUCACAGUACCACAAUUCCAGCGGGUCAGAAGUUUACAUACACAAAGUUGACCGUGCCAUUAAACAGCAUGGAAAAUUCCAGAAAAGGAUGUCAUGGCUUUAGAAGCUUCUGAUAGGCUAAUUGACAUAAUUUGAGUCAAUUGGAGGUGUACCUGUGGAUGUAUUUCAAGGCCUACCUUCAAACUCAGUACCUCUUUGCUUGAUAUCAUGGGAAAAUCAAAAGAAAUCGUGGACCUCCACAAGUCUGGUUCAUCUUUGGGAACAAUUUCCAAACUCUUGAAGGUACCACGUUCUUCUGUACAAACAAUAGUACGCAAGUAUAACACCAUGGGACCACGCAGGCAUCAUCUGUCUCCU